AACCAGCCAACAGGAGCCUUUACUGGUAAACCAGAGACGGGUACUGGUCCUUGGUACAGCCCUGAAACCGACGACGACAACGCCAGUAACCGUGGUUGGUGUGGUUAUCCGACCUCGAAUGACAAUCCUAUCUUCGCUCCAUCCUUGAGCAGGAUGUCGCCCGAUAAUGCCACAUAUGCGACCGAUCCAGCGGGAUGGCAUCAAGCCACUUGCUAUUACUGUGGCCUAGAAGCGAACAUCACCAAUCCAAGCAAUGGAGUCACGGCGCUCUUGUACAUCGGCGACGUGUUCGAU